UGGGAGUGAGGGCGGGCAGUGGAAGAUGGCGGCGUUGAGGGCGGCGGCGGUGAGCGGGCGCGGGCUCCUCCAGACUCGCCAGAGAACCUUCCAGCUGUGCAAGGCGAAGAUGUCCUUUGCUAACCUGUCCCGUGGGAAGAAGAUAGCGUUGUCAACGUUAGGUGUUCUUGCUGCUGGGGGUAGUGCACUUGCCUUGACGCUGCACCAUUCAGUGUAUGCAGAGCUGGAAAUCCACCCUCCCAGCUACCCCUGGAAUCACAGUGGAUUCUUGUCUGCCCUUGAUCAUGACAGUGUUCGUCGUGGUUACCAGGUCUAUAAGCAGGUCUGUGCAGCCUGUCACAGUAUGGAAUACGUGGCCUUUCGGAACCUGGUUGGAGCAACACAUACAGAGGAAGAGGCCAAGGCUCUAGCUGAGGAAGUUGAAGUGCUGGAUGGACCAGAUGAAAAUGGGGAAAUGUUCACUCGCCCUGGAAAGCUUUCUGAUUAUUUCCCUCAACCGUACCCCAAUUCUGAGGCAGCAAGAGCAGCAAAUAAUGGAUCUCUUCCACCUGAUCUCACGCACAUUGCAAAUGCGAGGCACGGUGGUGAGGAUUACAUCUUCACCCUGCUGACUGGUUACUGUGACCCUCCUGCUGGCAUCAGUCUCCGAGAAGGGCUAUACUACAACCCUUACUUCCCUGGUCAAGCUAUCGGAAUGGCCCCUCCCAUCUAUGAUGAAGCUGUUGAGUAUGAGGAUGGUACUCCAGCCUCGAUGAGUCAGAUUGCUAAGGAUGUCUGCACAUUCCUGCGCUGGACUGCUGAGCCGGAACACGACCAGCGCAAACGUAUGGGCCUAAAGGUGCUGAUGUUCUCUGCUGUGUUUUGGCCACUGCUUUACUACUUGAAGAGGCACCGAUGGUCUGUUUUAAAGAGUAGGAAGAUCGCCUACAGGCCUCCAAAAUAAUUUCCGAUUUGGGACACUCAACUCCAGCAGCACCUUGACCUCCUGCACUCUUGGCCAAAGUGUACACAAUCUGGACUUUCACGGGGAUAGUUUCUGGGGCAGGGGGGUGGGGAGACAAAACAAACUGUUUAAAAUAACUGGGCAUUCAACAGGGGCUUUAUUAAAGCAUGGCAUUAUCAAAAAAUAUCUAUUGUCAAACUCCUCAGAUCAGUGGACGGAUUGCUGGCUAUGAUUAAACUAUUGAUGAUUUGCUGCAUUGUGUCUAACAGAAGGCCUUGAUACUUUUAAAAGCAGUUUUAGAAAUAAACUUGGAAGAAUGCUGCUCUCCAGUGGCUGGUGAAUAUUGUCUUUCACAAGCAAUAACUUGGAUACAAGUUCUCUUUUUCUCUUCACAGAAUUCAACCUCCAAACAGGGUAAGAAUUCUGAAGGCCUUACAAUAGUAACAAAUCAGUGGCACCAGAAAUGGAGAAGGAGAUUCCCUUGUCUUACUGGGACUUCUUUGAGACUUUGAGCAGCUCAAUGGCCUUCUCCAUGGGUAUAAAUGCAAGUUGAAACAGUUGCUAAGAGAACUCACCAUUCCGAAUGAUUUAAGGAGGCAUUGGAAUCCCCACGUUGUCUGUCAUAUGGAGAUUCAUCCUCAUUUUAAUUUACCUCCAGAAUAUACUGUUUUUGUGGUAAGAUGUGUUUGGUCCUACUGAGAGUUGAAGGACUCCCUUCAGUAAAUUAUUACUGUACACAGCAUUUGUGUAAAUAUUUAAUGUUUAAUAAAUAAUAUGCUACAGA